ACUGAAGCUUAGGAAGCUCGAAAAGCCUGGUAACUAGGUUCUUCGUGACGUCAUAGCCAAAAUCAUCGAAAAUAACCACCGAGCCAUCACGUGCGCUUGAACGUAAACAGGUUGUGGUGCCAUCUGCGCCGUUCAUGUAUUCAAAACGAAGACAUAAAUAGUCGGGUGAGUCAGCAGCGUCCGUUAAAGUGGGGAAUACAAGUAGCGCAUAAAAGUCAGUUGCCUGAAUCUUCGUUGCUACUGUCAGGAAAGCAGGAAACCUCUUCUAAAGGCUACCAUGGCUAGUUUGGACCGCCCGCUACCUAUGGCUUGUUGGGAAGAAGAAACCGACAGGGAUUACAGCCUUGUUUACAAUUUCAUGUCAUCUCUUUUAAACGCAGAGUUGAUGGCUAUGAGGCAAAGUCUUUACGAAAAAGGUCUUCAACUGAAGCAGUCUCACUCUUGCCUGUGCCACGUGCCAGCCGAGAAAACGUUGUGGGAUAAAGAGGGAGCGAAAGACGAAAUUCACUCCCACAAGGUCGUGUUUGACUUCGCGGCAGUUCACCGUGAACGGGCUUUGAACGCGGGAAAGCUAAACAAAGACACAGGGAGGCGAUGGCGAAGGAAGAAUUUUAGCAAGAAAAAGAGGAAUUGAAAGAGCUUUAUUGAUGAUAAUGACAGAAGACGAUCAGCUUGAGAAGAAAUUUUUAUUGUUCAUAUAGACUGCUUUGAUCUAGUUUACUGUGAGCGGGCUUCGAAAGCUAAACAAAGACAAGGGCACAAGUUAAGCAAGAAAAAUAAUGGAUUUUAACAACUUCAUCGGUGAUAAAAAUAAUACGGUUGGCUUGAGAAGAAAUUUGUAUUGCACAUAUAAACUCCCUUGAUCUACCAAAGAACAAAAAUUGGCCGAUCUGAGCGUUAAACCGUGUUAUUAUUGUAGAAUCUAAAACUACUUGAUUUUCUUAAGUUAAAUAAAUCCUACAAUCAAUAACCUUGCCUUAAGACUGUAAACUGCAAAAGCUUUGUUGAUAUCAUGUGUAAAAUAACAAAGAUCAAGCGAAUUUGUAAUUACAAGGAACUAAUUGCUUUUGAACCGGUUUAGAAAGUCACGAGAUAUUAGUAAUAUGUUGUUGUUAUUGAUUUUCGUUGCAAUAGAUGCCCGUUUUAAUUCAUGUAAGCAGUCGUUAUGAAAUUUGUAAAUUUGUAAAAAGCUGAAGCGAGCAAAAAAGUUCGGGAAUUAAAUUCAUAGAUUGUUAAAUGUAUGUAUCUCCCUUUUGUCAUUGUGUUGGUUUUUUACCGGGGUGGGGAGCAAAUUUGCAAGUCGAACCAGAAGAUUGCAUCAUAAAAUAGACAGAUCUAUGUGUCUUGGCGUGAUAUCCACAGGGGAAGCAACCAAUUUGAAAUUUUACAAAAUGUUUGCUGUUAUAUAAAAAUAACAAGGACACUUCAUGACCUAUUUUGCUUUCGAAGUACCCUCAACGGUUCUUCAAGACUUCUUUUACAGGGCAAUAUUUAUAUUCCAAGACCAAAUUUUAAAAUAGAAACUGCGGUGUAAAUACAAACACCUGUUGGGCGAAGCAAUCAACCAUGUGACCGAAUUCAUCACGACACAACUAUUUUAAAUCUUCACGGGGUUCCGCUUCUGUAGGCGCUAUUUCAAUGUUUUUGCUUUCCAGAAACAAAAAAAAUUGUUAUCCAGCAGUACGUGGAACGGGAUUCAAAUAACAAUUUGAGAUCAAAACUUAUUGUUUUCAAACACUAAUUGAAGGGAAAAGAACAGUUUAUUUGUUGCCAUUUCCAGAACUUGGGUU